CCCCUUGAGCCCUGCGUCACUGCACACUGUCUCCAUCGACUCCAGUCAGCCAACUGUCGUUGAGAGUCACGUGAUCCUCAAAGUUUCACGAUGGUUACGGCCAUUCGCGCUUCGCUGGUCGCUCUCUUCGUCUUGUCUGCGGCGGCGGGCAGCAUUAGCAGCCCCAAGGAUGGCAGCGGCAGCAAUGCCACGGUAAGCCUUUUGCAAUGGACACUUAAGCACGUGUGGUAGUAGUAAUGUAACGUACAUCCAUCCGUGUGCUGCAUGAAUUCGCCGACCUCGCGUGCAUGUGUGCAUCCUUUGCGCACCGGUGCAGGUUCUGGGUCGGUCCGUGGAAGUGUCCGUGGAUGGCCCAACUGAUGGCCCCGUCGUCAAUGCCCCCGUCGUCACCAUUGACGACCUUGAGGACUGGGAAGACAUGGAGGAAAUCAAACCCGAGGAGCUGAAUUGCGUCGUCAUUCCCUCUGAGAGCGACGUGCUUAAAGCCGUCCCCGUCAUCGAGGGUGAGUGAGUACUUUAGACACGCUUUUGACGCACACGUUUGCAACAUUUGUAUGCGCGUAGAGAUUGGGAAACCCCAGGACCUCAAGCCCGUCCACUUGAAAAAGACAAAGAGCGGGUUCCUGGCAGGCAUCAAGUGGUUCGGGCACAAGCUGCUGGCGCCCAAAAAGAAGAUCUGCCGCGAAGCCAAGAAACGGGCGUGCAAGGUCUCCACUGCAACCUCCUCUUGCGUGCAGAUGAGGUUCUUUGUCCGGUGUUCACGCGUGUGCGGGUGUGUCGUGUGUAUACGUCAGAGGCUGCUAAAGGACCCCGCCAAAGUGAAAGAGCUUGAGGAGCAACUGAAGAAAAUCACCGGUGCCGACGACCUCGAGGUGCAGUCCAUGACAGCACCCAACCAGGAGGAGCCCUGCAAGCUGCUUUUGAGCGUGUCAACCAGGCAUGAGGAGCUGGCCAGCAAGUACAUACUCGAUAACUUACCACCACACAUACGCGCGCAUCAUGUACGUAUGCACCUGCUUCUUCGUUCACAGAGCGGCUCGGAUCCAAGCAGAGUGGUGCCCCCUCUUUCACCCAGACGCACGGGCAUCUUCCCCUCCACUUCGACGGAAACGCCACACACAUCACCACCACAUCCACGGGGUUCGAAAUCCUGCUCGCCAUCGGAAUCGUGAUCCUCAUCUGUCUGAUCUUCGGGGGUUGGAAGGAAGAUGAGGGGAAAUUUGUUUAGUGAGACAAGGAAGACUCCAGACAAGCAUCGACUCGACGAGCAAUACGGGAUGCGCAUGCGCACGCGUGUGUGUGUGUGUGUUUCUUUUUUUUCCGUCGUUUCUUUUUUUCUGCGGUGUCGCCUCGUCUCUGCCUGACGUGUGUGGGGUUCUGUUUGUCUGACAGGAGGACAAAAUCGUUGCAAAGAUGAACGAAGAGACGCAGAUUUGGCACGAGAGGAAGAAAU